AUGAAUUUUCUUCAUUGUAUAUUCAUAUUAUUAUUUCCAGUUAUUUUUUCAUAUCCUCAUUGGUAUUCAAGUGAUCUUAAUAGAUUGUUUAAUAUGUAUAGGAAACAACAAGAAAAAAAUUAUGAUCAAACAAAUCAAAAAUUUGGUUCUCCUCGAGAAUAUAUAUUUCGUCCUAUAUCAUCAUAUUAUGAACAAAAACCAUUACAAAAUCCACGGUGUCUUCCACAAGUAUGGACUUGUGGUGCAAAUUUACCUCCAUGUUGUCCUGGUCUUAUGUGUUAUGAUGGUAAUGCAAAACGUGGUCGAUUUUGUGUUGCUAGAGGAUAA